AUGGCACCUGCAGGUUUUUCGGACAACCCAAAGGCAGUUUCCAGUGAGGACCAGACCAGCAGUGGUCUCUCUCUUGCUUUUUCCUGCUAUGAUGACUGGACUAAAUCAAUGCUGGAUCCUGUACACGAAAAAGGCAGUUAUGCACUAUGGUUGAGGAACUACUGUCUGUCAUUGCGCUAUACUAUCCUGUUCGGUAGUUUCAUCUAUAAAGGGACUACCAAGGAACCUGUGGGACACAACACUGAGCCACUAUAG